CGGAUUGGUUCGUAAUUUAUCGUGUUGUGCAAGUCGCAAAAUUUUUUGUUUCCCGACAGAUACAACUGCAGAGAACAGGUCAUUUGUUUUGGCAAUUGUGAAAUGUGACCUGUGAAAGGAGCAAGAUAAAUGUUGAUGUGUAAAUGGAUUUAAAAAAAUAAAAAAUGAUUGUCAUGAUUAAUGGAAAAGUAUAGACCGAAAAGUGUUUGUAUGAAAGAAAGUAUAAAUUGAAAUGAAAUGUUGUAAUAAAAAUUAGUGAUAGGGGAAAGAUAAGAUUUUUCAUACAACAUGGGAAAACGGAAGCAAAGUGCACCACAAAAGGCAGGUGAAGACAAAAGAAAAUGUCUGACUUGGAAUAUGAUGGACAAUGCUGAAGCUAAUAAAGCACCACUCAUUGAAGAUGCUGUUGAAAACAGUGUGUAUGCAGAUGUCACAGUUACAGAUACAAAUGUAUCCAAUCCAGAGAAAGGGAAGGUUACAGAUUUAUCAGUAGCUCCUGGAAAGAGUUCUAGUUUUGACGAAGCAGGUCCAUGUUACAGAAGAGACAGUUUGUUAGAUACUUAUGAACUGCAUAAAGAAAAUUGUUUAUUUGGUAUUCCUAUUUUGUCAGAACUGAGAAUCAAGGAAGGGUCCUGGAAAUGUGUGCUAGCUGAGUUUGAGAUAAGAUUUUCACCCUUUCCAGUCUUUGUUCCUUUACCUACAGAUAGCUUACCAGAUGUGACACAGUUCACACUUCAUGUUAGUGAUCAAGGUGAAAAGAAUCUACUGAGUUAUGAAAUAUUUGAGCAAGGAGAGCGUACACCGAGUGGGAAAAGAGGCGUGAAGCUCAGAAGAAGCUCAUCAUUGCGUGAUGUUCAGUUUUGGUUGGUAGACACUGACUUACCUCUUGAGUGUUUAGAGGCAUUGAAAUGUAAAAGUUUCCAAGUGGUCAUUAACAGGUUCGAGCCUAGGGAUAAGUGUAUUACACUGAAAGUUUUUGGAACUGAAACUGUGCUUUCACGGUUAUCUUGUCCAGGUGAAGGUGUGAGAACAACAAAACAACAGAAUCACUCAUUGAAAGUUCUGAUGCAGCAUUUCUAUGGAAUUUCUGUGCCAGAUUAUGAUGAUCUGCCGUAUACCAAGAAGCAUGACAUAGAUGAGCUAUACAGGGUGAUUAAAGAACGGCACAUGGCAGGAUUCGGUCAGGUUCUUCCAGGUAUACAGCAUCCAGACCUGUUACCUAGGUUACGACCAUAUCAGCAGCAAGCUAUCACAUGGAUGUUGGAAAAAGAAAGACAUGUACAAGUUAAGGAUAGUUCUGAAGAUGAUCUGCAUAUACUAUACAAGAAGAUUGUAACGAUGGAUGGUCAGACGCUGUAUUUUCACAAAUAUGCUGGGGUAUGUUUGCUGGAGCGUCCCUGUUGUGUCCCCGCCCCUCCUGGUGGUAUAUUAGGGGAGGAGAUGGGUCUGGGGAAAACCGUAGAGGUCCUGGCAUGUAUGCUUCAUAAUCCACGGGAAACUGUUCCACUACCAGAUCCACUACCAGUUGUUGAAGACCUGGUUGAGAUAGAAACAAACAAAAAGAAGAAGAGAAAAAGAAAGAGGAAAAGGAUCAGUUCUUUCUCAUCAGAUUCAGAUGAUGAUACACUUAUUUAUUCUGAUUUGAAUAAUGAAAAAGUGUCACCUGAUCUCAAUUCAGAAACAAGUAACCAAUCAGAUUGCAGAGACUUGAAAAGAAUGGACCAAUCAAAUCACAAUGAUUUAAAAACUGCAGAGAAUGUUAGUGAUAAAAAAACUGACUGUGAUAUAGAUACAGAGGGUCAAAGUGGUUAUAAAACCAGAAAUAUAACAGUCCCUGGUCAUAUAAAAGAAUUUAAGAAUAUUUUCACAGAAAGGCCAGAGGUUCAUAAGGCAGAAUUUGAAUGUUUAUGUGGUGCUACAGGCUUGGAGGCACACAGAGGUAGAAGAAAGAGGAAGCAUGCAGUCCAGUGUACAAAAUGCCAUCUGUGGCAGCAUGCUGAAUGUGUCAACUAUGAUGUGAAGGAUCCAUACAGGGGGGAGUUCAAAUGUCCACACUGUCAUGUUGCUUCGGACCCAGUUUCUUCAGGAGCAACCCUGAUUAUCUCACCUUUCUCUAUAGCUCAUCAGUGGGUGGAGGAAAUAUUGAAACAUGUCAAAAAGGAGGCAAUCAAUGUGUUUAUGUAUAAUGGUGUACAUAAACAAGGAUUUAUUCAGCCUCGUACCUUGGCCAAGCAGGAUAUUGUAAUAACAACAUAUGAAACACUUCGGAAAGAGAUAGACUAUGUAGAUCUUCCACAUUGUAACAGUUCUGAGGGUAGGAAGUUGAGAUAUGCAAAGAGGUUCAUGGCUAUACCAAGCCCUAUGACUGCUGUAGAAUGGUGGAGGAUCUGUCUUGAUGAAGCACAGAUGGUUGAAUGCACCACCACAAAGACAGCAGAAAUGGCAUUACGACUGAGUGCAAUAAACAGAUGGUGUGUCACAGGUACUCCUAUACAGAAGAGUGUAGAUGAUCUGUACGGACUUUUACUGUUUCUUGGUGUUGAUCCAUACUGGGUACAUAUGUGGUGGAAUAAACUUGUAUUCACACCAUUCUGUCAUGGUUUUCCAAAUGCAAUGCAUGACCUGCUCACCUCUGUUCUGUGGAGAACUGUGAAAAAUGAUGUCCUUGAUCAGAUUAACAUUCCAAAGCAGACGGAUGAAAUUCAUUGGCUGACAUUUUCACCAGUAGAGGAGCAUUUCUACAGGAGGCAGUACAGAGAUUGUGUGAGGCUCUCCAUGGAGAGGUUAAGCAAGUGGACUGAUAGUAAUAUCAGGUUGAGUAGUCUGGACAGACAUACUGUUAGUCAGUUAUUGUAUCCAUUACUACGACUGAGACAGGCUUGCUGUCAUCCACAGGCUGUUAGAGGGGAAUUUCUACCUAUUCAUAAAAGUACAAUGACAAUGGAAGAAUUGCUGGAAUCUCUGACAAAGAAAGCUAAGCUUGAGGCAGAGGAAUCCCACAGGGCUCUGGUAGCUGCCAUGAACGGAGAAGCGGGAUUACAUAUCAUAAAUGAGCAGUUUGUUGAAGCUGUAGAGAAGUACAGGGAUGUUCUAAGAUCAGUUGAAGAGCACAAAGACACUUUGAAAACAGACAGUCUACAACAGUUACAUGCCAUGUAUAACCUGCACGAGAUUCUCAUGUCCAAACCAGAGGGAGUGGAUCCCACACUCAGAGACCACCAAUUGUCUAAACAGAUAGAUGAAUUACGUGAUAAAUAUAUGGCAAAAGCUGUGGCAUAUGCGAAAAGCACAGAGGAGGCACUGGUUCCAUUGCAGCUCGAUGUUAAACAACUUCAAAGAGAGUUCAAGGAUUCUAGUGAAUGGUGGUUAGAGGUGAUACAAUGGGCUAUAGACCGUGACCUUGAUGAUAAUCUCGUUCUCAAGGUCAGGGAUGACCUGCUUGAUAACAGAAACCCACAAAUCAAUACUCUAGUCAGAAGUUGUCGUUCAGCGGCUGGACUGGAAUAUGCUGUAAAUAGCCAACUAUCUGGAAUGGAGGCUGCCUAUAAGGCAGUACAGAAAGCAAUGAAAGGAUUAGAGGGUAAACCCUCACAGGACCUUAUCAACAAGACAGUGGAAUGUUGCUUAAGACCUGUUGAUGAAAUACUGAAAAUUUGUCCAUUCUGUCAGUCAGAGGAAAUAUUUGAGACUUAUGAAGCAAAACUUUUCUCCUUUGUUGAAAAAGGUAUAGACAGUCACUUAGAUCACCUUGGUUAUCAGGUGAACACAAAGCGGCAGGGUACCUGGGCUGAUAGUGAGGCAGAAAAAGCUCUGAAAAGUAUAUUAUCCUUUGCUAAGCAUUACAGGGUAUCAGAUGAGUUGAUAGAGAAUGGAACAACCCAUAUCAAACUGCUUGAAGCACUGAAGAAAGAAUUCAAGAAACUGAGAGCACACUGGGCAGGUAUCAAAGAGCAUGUAGCAAGCUUUGAUGAGUUGGACAUGUCUACAACAAGGCUUAGACUCCGCCUUCCUGAUGAACCUGUCCCAGAAACACCACAGCUAAAUAUCCUGGAAAAAACUGAGCUGUCACAACACAAGCUUAAGCUGGCAUCUGACAGAAUUGUUGCCCAGGGAGAGUUGAGAAAAAAGCAGGGGCAGUUACUCUAUCUGACUAACCUUGCUAAGAACCAGACCAAUAACAAAGAUGGGACCAAUCCGGAGCCAUGUCCUAUCUGUCAGCAGGAGUUGGGAAAAGAGUGGAGUGUAAUGCAGUGUGGUCACUGUUACUGUAUUGAGUGUAUACGUAUCCUUGUGGAACGAGCCAGUUUUGGUCGGCGAAACUUCUCAGUUAAAUGUGCAGUAUGUCGACAGAGUACACACCAAGGUGAAAUAUCCUAUGUGAUGACUUCUCGUGAGCUUCAACCAGAUGAUGUUGGCGUGAAGGGCAGUCAUUCUACUAAAGUUGAAGCUAUUGUAAGAUGUUUGUUGCAAAUCCAGCGAGAAAAUCCCAAAUCAAAAUCAUUGGUCUUCUCAACGUGGACUGAUGUGCUGAGUGUAAUAGCAACAGCUUUGGAGGAAAAUGACAUCAAAUACAAGGCCCUGUACUCUGCUGGCAAAUUUCAGGAAAAUCUGGCUUCAUUCAGGCAAGAGGAAGAUGUUACCACAUUGUUGUUACCAGUGCACUCAGGUGCCAAUGGUUUGAAUCUCAUAGAAGCCACCAAUGUGUUACUGGUUGAGCCAAUACUGAACCCAGCACAGGAACUUCAGGCUAUUGGCAGGGUGCAUCGUAUAGGACAAACAAAGUCAACACAUGUCCACAGGUUUUUGAUCAAGCAUACCAUUGAGCAGAAAAUGAAUGUUUUACUGGAGUCGAUGGACAAGCACAAUGUUUUAGAGAAGUCAGAAGAAAGUGGUUUAACAAUUGGUGAUCUGUCUUCAUUGUUCAAUCAGCAAAUGGAGGAGGAGGACCGUGAAGGGGUCCAUAGCUUGGAUGAAGAAGAGGGUUCGAGCCCCAGGUCAAACACCGAGGUGCCAAAUAGCAGCAGGUCAGACUCCGAGGUGCCAAGUAGCAGCAGGUCAGACUCCGAGGUGCCAAGUAGCAGCAGGUCAGACUCUGAGAUGCCAAGUAGCAGCAGUAUUCUGCAGGAUGCUACAGAACCAGUCUGUUGUACCAGUUCUAGCUUGCAGUUUGAUUCUGCUGGCAAUAGUGAGGCAGUGACAGCUGGUGUAAAUGGUCGCAGUACAAGAUCUGCUACACAUCUUGAAUCUGAUGGUUUAAGUGAAGUUAAUUUGACAAGUAGCAGUCAAGAUGACAUGACAAGUGAGACUACCAGUUCUAGUGUACAGUUUGGAUCAAGUUUGGAAAAUGACAUAGGUAUUGGAGACAGAAGUCAGGCAGUAAUGUCUAUUGAGGGUACCAAUUUCAUUAAGCAGUUUGGAUUAAGUCAGAGAAAGGGCACAGGUUUGCCAGGUAAUAGUCAGACAGGGAUGGCUAUUGAGGGUACCAGCUCUAAUAUAGGGCAUGGAUCCAGUCAGGAAAAUGACACUGGUUUGUCAAGCAUUGAUCAACUGGAAGAGAUGACUACUGAGGGUACAAAUCCCAGUAUACAGGUUGGAUUCAUUCAGGAAAAUGACAUCGAUUUGACUGACAGUAGCCAGACAAAAAUGACAAAUGAGGGUACCAGCUCUAGUAUAGGGUGUGGAUCCAGUCAGGAAAAUGACACCGGUUUGACCGACUGUAGCCAGACUGAGAAGACUAGUGAGGGUACCAGCUCUAGUAUAGGGCAUGGAUCCAGUCAGGGAAAUGACAGCCGUUUGCCAUGCAGUAGUCACUUGGACUUGACUGGUCCUCAUUGUGGAAGUAACAGUUUCAGUUGUGACCCUGGAUCCAGACAGAGAAACGAUACAGGUUUAUUGGGCAGUAUUUCUGGUUUUCUAUCUCAAAGUACCAGUUCCAGUUCUCAGGUUGUUGCCAGUUGGGUAGGAGAUGCUGUCUUGACAGACUGUAGUCAGACAGAGAGUGUUAGUUUGUUCGGUCAAAGUAGUAGUUCUAAUUCUCACAUUGUGACUAAUCAUGGAGACAAUACAAAAACGUCUAAGUUGCUUGAUUCUGAAGAUGUUCAGGAAAGGGAAAAAGGACCAUUUUGUGCAGACACAGAAUUGCCAGGCACAAGUUGCGGCUACAGUGAAACAGGGGAUGCAAAUGAUUAAACCUAAUAUAACAGAGUACGGUUAUUUGACUCAAAUGUUGAUAUGAAAAGGAGAAAGGUGAUUUACUAAAUUUUGUAGUUAAUCGGCGAUUUAAUGCUGACAGAUAUAGUGCAUGUGGUAAUCACAUAGAUAAAAAACAGAACUUCUAACAUUUAAUAAGAUUCCGGUAAAGACUAUUAUAGUGUAUUAGGAUUAGUUAUACAUAUAGAACUAUUGAAACUAUGGAAAUCUUUAUAAAAAAUGACAGAUUGGACUUGUUCUAGCUUAAAUAAAGUCUGAACAAACUAUCACUGACCAUGUUUAGGGCAAAUAGGACCACUGAGGUCACGAGUUGUCGCAGACUUUCAAUGAUAUGCUCUCACCACUGUUUGAAACCUUGCUUGGGUAUUAGGACUCUUUCAUCUAGCUGGCUUGCAGAAAGUCGGUGGUUCAAUACUCUGGUGCUAAACACCUGAAAUGAUGCAUGGAGUGGCACCUUUCUCCAUUAACAAAAGUUUGGAAGUGGCCAUAUUACACUGUGCCGGUGUGACAUUAAACAAAACAAACAAACAGAUAGGACCAACUGACGUAUGUGAUUGAAACAAGGCUGGUACCUUGUAUAGACUAUGUCCAUGUUCAGAUAAUUAGAACAUUUAGUUAUUGUUGGGUACCGAUUAUAAUUGAGCCGUGCCAUGGGAAAAUCAACAUAGUGGCUUUUCGACCAGCAUGGAUCCAGACCAGCCAGCGCAUCCGCGCAGUCUGGUCAGGAUCCAUGCUGUUCGCUAACAGUUUCUCUAAUUGCAGUAGACUUUAAAAGCGAACAGCAUGGAUCCUGACCAGACUGCGCGGAUGCGCAGGCUGGUCUGGAUCCAUGCUGGUCGCAAACCCACUAUGUUGGUUUUCUCAUGGCACGGCUCAUAUUUUAUUCCUGAUUUAUGAAGACAUUUGCUUUUACUGUUGUGUUGUUAGUUUUUUCUUUCAUUUAGCGUCCGUUUUAUUGCCUCUUAGUAAAUGUGUAUUUUUUGGGAUAUAAUUAUAUAUGUGAAUUCCUUUAUUAUGAUUUUACUAUGAAUGUGCAGGUAGCUAAGUUAUUGGAGAUAUUUAAAUAUAAAAAAGGUUACAUGAAAAGUUAUUGGAUUAAAAGCUCUUGUUAAGAUUCUUAUUGCUUAUACAUUGUUUGUCUGAAAUGUUUAAACUUAUAAAUUAUAGUAUAUUUUGUCUUUUUCAUACUAAAUGUUUUGUUGUGCCCACUUAAGGUGAGCUUGACAUAAUUGCCGAAAUGUUUGUUCAGUGUAUUAGUUAGUGCUAGUGUGUCUGCUGGAUUUGUCCAGAUAAUCACUUUAAAAGGCAUUGAGCAAUCUUUUUUAUAUUCUGUGUAAAUGUUUACUUCAGUGGGAUGGAGUAUCAUGCACAAACUCCUAUCUCAAAGGUCAAUGUCACAAGAGUCAAGGGUCAUUUUAGAGCUUGCUCAGGCUGUAGCUCCGACGUGCACAGAACAAUCUUUUUUAUUUGGCAUAAAUGUUUGCCUCUUUUAGACAGAACGUUACCCUCUUUAUCAAAGAUCAAGGUAACAUUUAUGGGGUCAAAUAUUUUAGAGCUUGUCUGGGCCGUAACUUUGACAGAAAUAUUUGCCUGAAUGAGAUGAAAUGACAUGCACAAACCCCUGGCUCCUAUCUUCAAGUUCAAGGUCAUGCUUAGGGGCCAGUUUUAAAUUAGGCGUUAUUGACAUGCAUGAAGCAGUCUGAUUUGGCAGAAAUAUUUACCUCCAUGCAAACCACAGGUACUUACCACAAAGGUCAAGUCAAGAUCACACUUUGGGUCAUAAGUCAUACUAGUUCUUGUCUAGGCCAUAACUUUAACAUGCACUGAACAACAUUAAGCAGAAAUAAUUCCCUCAGUUUAACAGUAUACAUGUAUUGACAAAGGGCACUGGUCCCUAUCUCAAAGGUCAAGGAUGCACUAAGGGGUCAAAGGUUAUGUCGCUGUUACUGUGACAUAUGGAGCUUUUUUCAUCUUUUGAACUGUUUGUCAUUUGAGAUGUGUCAUAUAAUGGGCUUGACAUUGCAUGUUGCCCUUUGUGCAUCCGCUUUCUAAUAUAAUGUUUUGUAUUUGUUUGUAAUAUGAAAAAAAUGUGAUAAGGAUAACUAAAAUACUUAUGUUGUCCUUGAUAGAACAUGGAAAGAUAGAAUCUGUAUAUAGAGAUAGACAAUGGUGGGAGAAGAAACAAGAUGUUGUGAUAUUUACAUGUAGUUAUCGUAUUUUUAGGUACAUCUGUAUAGUAACUUUUUAUUGUUAUAUCAGAGGAUAGCUGAUGUUGUGAUUGUUAUAGUGAAAAAUAAAAUGUGAAAAUGG